AUGCGCGUAAUUAUUUUCGGUGCAUCUGGUGUCCAGGGGCGACAUCAAGUUCACGUCCUGGCCCGAGCAGGUCACUCAGUUGUCGCCGUAAGCCGCAACCCCAAACCCGUUCUGGUGGACGAGAAUUCCGUGGAGACAUUUGCUGCAGAUUUCGCCGACCGAGAUGCCAUUGCAAAAGUGCUCCAGGGCGCCGACAGAGUCUUUCUCAACCUCCCGUCUACAUCCUUCAACCAAUCAGAGCCCAUCAUUGCUGCAGCCAGAUACAUCGGGGAAGCCGCGAAGAAUGCCAAAGUUCCGCUGAUUCUUUUCAACACGAGUAUGCCAGUAGCCAAAAAACCCCAAGGCAUUGUAGCACAGGACGACCGAAGGGAAAUGAGAAGGUUGUUGCGGGAGUCAGUACCAACAAUCAGUAUCGAGCCUGUAGUCUACCUCGACAAUUUGCUCGAAGGCUGGGCCCUACCUCCCAUCCGCGACCGCAAUACUGUUGUCUACUGUCACAAACCCGACCUCCGCGUAUCAUGGAUCUGUCACCACGAUGUCGCCCAAAUCAUGAUGGCAGCGAUGGAUCACCCUGAGCUCGCAGGCCGCGACAUCCCUAUCGGCGGUCCUGAGACCGUGAUGUUGUCCCAACUGACUGAGAAGUUAUCGAAAGCCUGGGGCAAGCAGCUGAGUUAUGAGAACCAGACUGUCGCAGACUUCUGCGACAAGAUAGGUAAAGCGAUGCAGGGGCGUGGUCUUGAGACGGAUACAAUUGUGAGCCAGAUGUUCAAGGCGUAUACUUAUUAUAACGAGGCGGAAGACGAGCCGUUCAACGUUGAUAUGAGACCCUUAGUAAAAGAGCUCGGUGUGAAAUUGACGCCGAUCGAGGAGUGGGCGAAAAGAAGGAGUCCAUGGGAUGACAAAGGGUACUACUAG